AUGUCCAACCAGCACACUCAAAAGACCUACACCCUUAACACCGGUGACAAGAUCCCCGCCAUUGGCCUGGGAACUUGGCAGUCCAAGCCCAACGAGGUUCGCGUGGCUGUUAAGGAUGCCUUGCUGAAGGGUUACCGUCACAUUGACACUGCCCUUGCCUAUGGCAACGAGGCCGAGGUCGGCGCUGGUAUCAAAGACUCCGGCGUGCCCCGCGAGCAGAUCUGGCUCACCACCAAGCUUGACAACACCUGGCACCACUGCGUCGAGAAGGGCAUCGAGUCCUCCCUCAAGGAUCUCGGUACCAGCUAUAUUGACCUCUACCUGGUUCACUGGCCCAGCUCUACCGACCCCGAAGACAAGUCCAAGCACCUUCCUGACUGGAACUUCAUCAAGACAUGGCAAGAAAUGCAGAAGCUGCCUGCUACCGGCAAGGUGCGCAACAUCGGUGUCUCCAACUUCGGCAUCCAGAAUCUUGAGAAGCUCCUGAACGACCCCACCACCAAGAUCACUCCUGCCGUUAACCAGAUCGAGCUGCACCCCAACAACCCCUCCCCCAAGCUGGUCGCUUACAACACCUCCAAGGGUAUCCACUCCACCGGUUACUCUUGCCUUGGUUCCACCAACUCCCCUCUCUACAAGGACGCUACUCUCCUGAAGAUUGCCGAGAACAAGGGCAAGACCCCCCAGCAAGUUCUGCUGGUAUGGGGUAUCCAGAAGGGCUGGAGUGUCAUCCCCAAGUCCGUCAGCAAGUCUCGCAUUGAUGGGAACUACGAGAUUGACGGCUGGAGUUUGACCGAUGAGGAGGUCAGCCAGCUUGACAACUUGAAGGAUCGCUUCAAGGUUUGUGGUGAUGCUUGGUUGCCUAUCAAGGUUUUCUUCGGCGAUGACGAGUAA